UAUUCUUUGGUCGAUACAGUUACGAGGCGCAUCUAGAAUUAUAAAUUAGCUCUUAAAUAAUAUAAAUGUAAUCCGAUAUUAGACACUUCGGUUAAAAAUAAUCUAAAAAUGAAAGUCUUGCACUUAAAUAAGCAACUUAAGUUUCUCGUUCUCGUUUUUUAAGCUUUUCUAUUUCUACAGGCGGCCAUUUUGAUUUUGCAUUGUUAGAAUAGUUUAUAACUUUCCACAUCUCGUGUAGUUUUCUGGAGUUUAUCUAUUAAUAUAAAAUAUAUUUUUUUUUAAGAUGUCUAGUUUAAGAACGAGUUAUACCCAGUUUUCGAUUAUGGUAGAGUUCAUGGAAAAAAACGGGGAUUUAUCGAAGUGUCAAAAUUCACCAAGUGGUCGACUGUGGACAAUGAAAAAGUGGCAAGAAUUAACUGAUAUGCUCAAUAGUCAAGGAACUCGUGAAGCUCGUAGUGAAGAAAAAUGGCGAAAGGCAGGGGUGGUAGACCGACCACAAGCAAAUGUCUUACGGAUUUAGAGCAAAGAGCUCUUGCAAUUACUGGUAUCUUAACAACUAUUGGAUCCGCAAAUGAAAGCUUUGGCAGUGCGGAUUGCACAAUAGAAGUGGAAGAAAAGAAUAUUAAUCCUACUUUUGAGAAUUUAAUACUAAUUCCAACUACAACAGCCCUCGUUACAGAUAGUGCAGAUUGGAAUAAUUCUGAGUCCAGUAAAGAUAAAGAUGAAGAAUCAAUACUACCAAUGUCCACCAUGUCACCUCUAAGAAUUAAAUCUUCGCCAAAGUCAUCAUCUCCUCCUGACUCUCCUCAACCAUACCUUCAACAAAAAAGAAAGAUGGAUGACAGAGAUGAUGAUGAUGAAGAUGAUUAUUUAGCAAGACGUGAACCUUCACCAAGGGAGGAAACCAGAGAGAGAGAUAGGAUGUAUGUUGAGUUAGAGAAAGAGAAGUUGUAUGCAGAGUUGGAAAAAGAAAGAAUUCGUCAGAGGGAUGUUGAGCUUCGACAACGUGAUACUGCAUUACAAUUGCAAGCUCAGUGGUUGGAGUUAGCAAGAUCAGGAUUGAAUAUUUUAGAUAAAUAUUUGAAUGACAAAAAAUAAAUGUGGGAGAAUUAAUGGUUUGAAACAAAUGUGAAAUAAAAUGUCUGGGAAGUGACAUUAAAACGCUGUGCCUUUUAUGAUAAAGAGUGAUAUUAACAACAGCCACCACCUUUGAAAGUGCUAGCAGCUUUGUUAUAGACAUACAUCAUGUGUCGAGUCUUCCACACAUUGAAAAGAGAUUUUUGGUUUUUCUGCAUAGAUGUAUGAAGAAAAUAUUAAAUUGGACUAAUUUAUUUUUGUAAA